GGGCAUUGGUAUAUAAGGAUGCCCAUGGAGGCGAUGAGGAUAUUCCAGCGACACAGCAGCAUUAGCACACUUCUGCCGUCUUCGAGAAAGGAAAAUGCAUCCGUCCGCCUUCGCCUUCGUGUUGGUAAGCCUGCUGUCGGUUUCCCUGGGUUCUGCCCAGGAAUCUGAACAUACCAAGAAGUUACUGGAAGCGCGCAAGACCCUGGAGGAGUUCACCGUGCCCGCUUUGAAGGAUAACUUGAAAAGCCGGUCCAAUGUUGAGUUCUACAUGAAGUGCGUGACUGGCAAAGGCCCAUGCAACAAUAUUGGCACCGCUCUCAGUAACCUCCUCGCCCCUGGACCCCAGGGAACAACGUUCUGCGGCGGCUGUACUGAAAACGAGAAGGUGCGAGUGAAGGUCGUGUUAGACGCUCUGGAAACCGACUACAAGGACCUGGCGUGCGAGCUUCACAACUUCAGCGAAAUUCCGCUGUUCUCUGCAAAUCCCUGCGCUUGAAGCACGUGAUCGCAAGGCAUCAUCACAUGAAGGCGAGAGUAAUCACGAAUUAAUUACGAUUCAAUUCAAGGAUGACGACGUGGCUUCAUGUGCUUGUACAGCUUGUGUAGUAAAUGUUUAUCUCGAACG